AUGAAUUCGUUUACUUACUCAGUUCUCACUUUUAUAUUCAUUAAACUUCUUGGGUUAUGGGAUUUCUUGGUUAUUCAUGAUAUUGGCUACUUGGAUAACGGGACAAAUUAUAUUCAGCCACUUUGUUCCUCUUUUAUCAAACUUAAAGGUACAAAUGAGAAUGAUGAUCUUAAUAAUAAUAAAAGUGCUGGAACGAGUAGAAAAGGGUUAUUUGGACUUCAAGGUCGGUCAAAUUUACCUAGUCGUAGACCGUAUUCAGGAAUUUUUUCAAGCAGUGGUUCUUUACAACACUCACGACAAACACCAUUUCCACAACGAACACCAUACCCACGACAAACACCAUUUCCGCAACGAACACCAUUUCCGCAACGAACACCAUUUCCGCAACGAACACCACGGCCACUACAAACACCACCUAGACAUCUACCAAAAAGAGUUUUUCCACAAGUUAUGGCUACUCCAUCUCUACCUACUAUUCCUGAAUCUCCAGAACCAACUUCAUCUUCGGAAAGUAGUAGACCGUCAAGCCGUACAAGUAGCGGAUCAUCAAGCCCAGGAAGUAGCAGGCCAUCAAGCCCAGGAAGUAGCAGAUCACCAAAUCCAUUAACUAGCAAAUCUUCAAGCUUGACACAAUUCUCAAGGUCAACACCAAAACCAGCUCCUCCUCGUACACCGUAUUCCGGAGAUUUAUUAACUAUGGGUUAUAGAUCAGCUUUGGAUUCCAUAUUUGGUUCGAAACAAUCAGGCUCUGCUGGUUCUUCAACUCCAGGCCAACAACGCCUAAGUCCAGAAAGUCAUGGGCCUCAAAGUUCUGGAGGAAGCAGAUCACCUAGCCCAAAAAGCGGAAAAAGCCAAACUCCAGGUGUUUAUACAACAACCUUAAAGGUAGAGCUGAAUAAAACACCCGGAACUACUCGACCAAAUCCGAAAUUAACAGCUUCAAAAAUUGAAAUAGCCUCAAAGCAAUCAAGUUCAGGUAAACCAUCUUCAAGUCCAGAAGGUUUUGGGUCCCAAAGGUUUAGAAAAAGCAGGUCACAGAGCCCAAAAACUCCUAGAUCGCACAGUCCAAAAAGUGGUAAAGAGCAAACUCCAGGUGUUUAUACAUCAACCUUAAAGGUAAAUCUGAAUCAACCACCCAGAACUACUCGACCAAAUCCGAAAUUAACAGCUUCGAAAAUAAAAAUAGCCUCAAAACAAUCAAAUUCAGGUCAGCAAUCUAGAACUCCAGAUCCACGUCAACAACAUCCAACUCCAAGAUAUCAAGCACCUCCAAGUUCAUCCCGAAGUGGAGUGUCUACACAAGGGUCUACUGGGAGAGGAUAUCUAGCAUCAAGAUGCCCAUUAGGUGAUCCAUGUGUGCGCUGCUUAGAACCGAAUAGAGAUAAUACUUUAAUAUGUGCUACUUGUAACAAUUUUAUGAAGCAUGAAGAAUGUGAUCCACCAAGACAUGUAUCAAGAAUAGUAAGUAAAAAAUACAAAUAA